AUGGCAGUUGUCCCCUCCAGAGGCUACCUCAUGGCUACCCAUGACUACUACUGGUGCCGCCUGGAUUCCUCUUCCAGUAACAGCUCCUGUGGAAGUGCCGAGAGCCCUGGGGAAGCCAUUCCCCACCACCCUGGUCUCCCCAAGGCUGACCCCGCUCACUGGUGGGUGAGCUUCUUUUUCGGGAAGUCCGCCCUCCCCUUCAUGGCCACAGUGCUCGAGUCCCCAGAGCACUCACAAUCUCCCCAGGCCUCCAGCAGUGUGAUCACCUGUGCCUUGGCUGGAGAAGCCACAAGGAAGCAGCCUGGUGGCCAGCCCAGCAAAAGCAACACCGGGGCCCCCAUCCUGAAUGGCUACCACCAGCCACCAGACUUCCAGAUGCACUAG